UCACACGAAAAAAUAUGCUAACAACGCGUGUGAAAACACAUCAACAUCUUGUUUCGUAUUCAAAUAAAUUAGCAUAAAAUCUGCUACUAUUUACAUAUUUUUAUAUCUUCGGAAGAUUCCUUAUUGCAUACAACAGUCAUAUUGUUAGACAAAAACAAUUAAAUAUGGGGUUGGCUUAAGAAACGAAUCUGAAUAUUCUAAUUCGCUAUUACUUAUUUCCAUACUGUCCCUGAUUUGUGGCAUGAGAAAGAUACUAAUAAUAAUAUAUACCAGUUAUUUGCAAUAACAAGUAACAACAAUUUUGCACAAAUGCUCCUAAUUUAUAGACUUAAAUGAAAAAUCUUAUCAAAAUUCUAGAUUAAAUAGUAUUAUUUGUGAAUGAGGAUAAAUGAUUAGAAUACUGAUGUUGUUGUAAUAAGUUGCUCGUAUUACAUGGAGAAUAUAAUGUAUUAUAUGCAUACCUACUUACCUCCUAGCUAGCUAUUAAACAUAAACUAAUGGAAAACAAUCAUCCUCGUAUGUUGAAAAUUAGAGGAAAUUAUUACAGAUAUUUUUCUAGUUACUGGAAAAGAUAUGGCCGUACGAAACCGUUGUUAAACCAUUAAAAUAAAGCAGUUAUAGACCUAAAAUGUAACUACGUUGCUGUAGGUUUUGUGGUAUAAAUUCAUUUUAUAUAAAAAAUAAGUCUUAAUGUCACAAACAUAAAUAAACAACAUACUGUAGUCAACAAUGUGCGAAACCGUUAAUGACGUCACCCGCUGAAACGAACAGUACUGGUUUAUUUGAAUUCGGAACGGUUUGAAUAAGUAUGGAACGUGUGGGAGCGGCGUUUAAAAAUAGAAUACCAAAGUUAAGUGUAGAAAUAGUGUUCCAUAUUUGGCAAAAACUGUUGGGGAUCUAUUUGCGAAAUGGGUACACAUUUCGUUCCAUUUUUAAAACUGUGUUCUGUUCUUUUACUUAUAAUGAUUUGAAUAACAAUGUUAUGUUUUCACCCAGGAUGAAUAAAGGCCAUCAUUUUUAAAUCAAUCAUUUAACUGCUUUCUAUGAUCAGAGUUUCAAAAAUCUCUGUGGAUCAGUAAAAUUGAUAAGCCUUUCGCCUUCAUAAUUGGCAAUGGACGUUCAUUAAUCUCUUCAAGUCAUAGUUUAUCAAAUAUUAUGAAUUGUCUUGUAACCUAGUUUAAUUUAAAAUGGGCCGCUGUAUUUGAAGGUCGUUUUAAUCAUGUAACGGACGUGUUUCGUAUUUAUCAGCUGUUUCUUGUAAACAUAAUAACGGUUAGAUAUCUUCUUCGUAACAUAAUAUUUUCAGUCUAUCUGUCACCACUGGGUAAAGGCCCCUUCUCAUAUAGAAAAGGGUAAAAAAAUACUUACACUUGCCCACUACGAGUUCCAAUUUAGUUUUUCUGGCUAAAUCCAUCGUUAUCGACCGUCAAUAGUGUCUUAAAAGUUUUAAGCAAGAAAACUACAAUCUUAUUGAAUUAUUGAUGUACACUACGACUUGGUCUCAAAGUGUUAAAGCCGUAGGAUUUUGACGUGGCUUUGCACACCCAAUAAAAAUACCAGGUGUGUUAGUUUUCUUACGAAGUUAUCCAGUUAAAGAAAUCAACUAUGUUGGUUUUCAUCUUACAAAAUUUUAGUAUUAUAAGUUUGAUCAUCCGACAAAUACUCUAGUAUCCUCGCGAUUACUCAAAUAGUCUAUAUUUCUAUAACUAUAUUCAGAGGGUAUUGAAGACAUCCCUUAAAACGAAAACGCCUAAUCAGUCUCCAACACAACCAGAUGUAACAGAAAGAAGGUUUUUUUCUCCUCUUUUUUUGUUUUAAAAGCUCUCUCUCUCUAGUUAAUUCUGCACCUUGCACAAACCUUCUCGUAAAUCAUGUGUCUAAUACGUUUUGCCGCGUUUUUUGCUGUCACUGUCAAAUAUACCGCCAUUUCUAUUUCGAGUUUAGUUUUUUUUGUAAAUGGCUUUUGGUAAUUUUGAUUAGUGACACUCAGACUUUACAGUUACUUUUUUCCUUUUCGCAUGUUUGAAGUAGCUACCUACAACCUGGUGUCAGAGUUUAAAGGGCCCAUAAGCUCAAAAACGAGUCUUUCAUUUUUUUACGGUUUUUAGAUUCACUAAUUACAUAAUAUUAAUAUUAAAGGGUCUACCUAUCGUUUUUUAUUUCAUACUCCUAAACCUUACUUCCUAAACCAACUUAAUUCGACAGAAAACCUCAUCACCGCUAUCUACGAUCUCUGUUUCUUCUUGCUUCGGAGAAGAAACGCUGCAACAAACUCCACACCAAUUACUAGAAAUAUUAAAAAAAAUAAAAGCAAAACUCCACGCUCUAUAUUCGACAUUGUUUUAAAACCAAGAUGGCGGGACCUCCCGCGCAUCCCUCCCGCGUCGAGCAUAUGGCGCGCGCAUCGAAUUAUAAAAAUUGCGUGACUGCGCCCAAUCAAAUAUUGUUUUACAUUAUCAUAUCGCACUGCAGAUGGUGCUAUUAAUUGGGUUAUUCGUGUUGGUGACGCCAUUUUGUUUUGUAUUGCUUUUUGUAGUUUAGUUAUUGAGUGGGCUAAAACACACAUCCAGUCAAAAAACUAUAGCAAAGGCAUUACACCGGCAAAGGAAACCAUCAUACAGCCGGAGCUGUCAAAAGAAAAAACCUCUACAUGAUCAAGAGACAUGUCCUAGAAUGUCUUGUGGUAUAUCAUUACGCACAGGAAGACGUGGUCAGUAGGAAUCAAGGUUGGUUACUCGCGACCCUAUAUUAUAAAAUAUGUUACAUUACGUACAAACUACGGAUGUCUCGCAAUCACGGAUGUGAGGCAGUCAAGCGAAUGCCUUUGCUUUAAGUUUGGCUGAUUAAAAAAAAAGUGUCAAAUGAAACGUCAGGGUUUUCAAGAUGGCUGUAUUGUUACGUGACAUUGUUAAUUUAAAUCGCAUUUAGGUAUUGAAAAUUUGAAUGCGCUGAUAGUAGAAGAAAAUCUAUUAAUCACUGAAAAUUUCAAAAUAAACUCCGGCAACAAUGGAACGAAACGCAAGCAAGAAGACUCGUUGACACACAACUACAAAGUUAAAAUGAACCCGCACACAAUCGACUUCUCAAAGUCACAAAUCUCACCGAUAUACACACCAACAAAGAGGAGAAUACUCGGAGAGAUACAAGUACCAAAGUCACCACUCGACAAAAUAAAGUCUCCGUUAACCAGUCAAAGGAACCAUUCUCCGUUAUCAGCUCAAAAGUACUCUCCAUUACCAAAUACAUCAAAAUUCCAAUCACCGUUACAAAGUUUCAACUCACCAUUGAAGCUGUUAAUGAACUCUCCGUUAGCUAGGACCUCUCCAUUGAGCAGGGAGUCUCCGUUGACUACGAGGGUUAAGCGGUCAAGGAUUACAAAGGUCAUGGAAGAACGGACUCGGUUCAAGAUGAGUAACAAGGAGAAUGCUUCUCCGUUCAGCGAAACCAUGCUGAAGUUGGAUGUUGAGGAGGAGACGAGGGACUUCCUGUUUGGAGAACGCUUUGAGGCUACGAGGGAGAAGGUCACUAAUUGGUCUACAACCAAGCUGGAUUUCACACACACUCUCCCCAAAUCACCAAAGCAGGAUCUCUACGUGCCUGAUAAGGAACCACAAGAAGUCGACGACUUCGAAAGCCUCCACGACUUGGAAACCGAAUUCGAAGCCGAUAAUUUCGAUGAGUGCACUAAAUACGAAAUUAUAUCCACCGAUAGCCCUGACAUCAUAUCUAGAGGACGUGCAUCGUCUUCUAGAAAGAUUACUUCAAGGAAUUUCGUUUUCGGAGCACCCUUAGCUGAUGAUGAAGCGUCUACCAGCUUCAACAAGCCCACAGUCACCGCUACACGAAUGCUCAACUUCGAUGAUGACGAUUUCGAAUUCACAUCACCAGCUAUCAAGAAAGCAGCGAAAAAGUCCUUGAAGUUCAAUGAAACUCCAACGAAAUUACGUCAUGAGAAAAGUGAUUCGAGUAUUGGAUCUCUUAGUCAGGGUUCCAUGAGUCAGUCACCGAUCACAAAAGGACUACACACAUUUGAAUCACAAACGUCAAUGGAAAGCGGUUUCAUAUCUGAAUUAGAUGAACAGUUCUUGGAAUUUGAAGAAUCUAAUUCCCCAAAAGUUGCGAACUUCAACGACUUACUCUCCGGACAGAUCAAGUCUUCAGUUGUCACCGAAAAGAAUUUCCUACGGAGACCGUUGAAUAGGAGUUUGAGUUUCAACCCGGAGUGCAGAGCUAGAGUGUCUCUGUUGUCUAUUCUUGAGAGUCCUAGUGUUGAGAAGAGGAGUCAGAAGAGAAUGGAGCAGAGUGAGACUGUUGUGGCAAACAAGAGAAGGAGAUCUAACUGCCAGAGUCCUGAGGAUGAGAGGCUGCAGAGGCCCGUGCUACAGAGAGCGUUGUCAGAGAAUAAUGCUUCUAUCAUGUCGGCAAUGACGAGAUCUCUGUCCGACGUCCCGCUGACGGGCGACUUCUCCCGCGCCUGCGCCCUCCCCCUGACGCGCGGCGCUCACCCCGACCUCAAGAGCAUCUCCUGCGACACGCUCGCCGCGCUGCUGCGGGGGGACUACCGACACACCAUCAGCGACUUCCAGGUUAUAGACUGCCGCUACCCGUACGAGUACGAAGGCGGUCACAUCCAGAACGCCAUCAACUUGUACACGCCGGCCCAAGUCCUUACCCUCAUGAACGCGCCGCCCGCAGACAGACAGGAUGACAACAAACGCAGUAUCCUGGUCUUCCACUGUGAGUUCUCGCUGGAGAGGGGGCCUAAACUCUUCCGCUUCCUCCGCUCGUCAGACCGCGCCAAGAACAAGGACCUCUACCCAUCUCUCCGCUACCCAGAGGUCUACCUGCUACACGAAGGUUACCGCUGCUUCUACCAGCGACACCCUCUCCUCUGCUCCCCGACCGGAUACGUAGCCAUGUUGGAUCCGACGCACAAACAACAACUCAGACUACACCGGCAUAAGAGUAAUAGUCGACUCUUACUGUAACGUGUCACUGGAAAGUGACCGAUUAGUGACAGAAUCGCUGGAACAUCGAGUGUGUGAGUGACAUGUCACGUGACCUUGAGUGUCUCUCGGUUAGAGUGUGUUGUAGAACAAAUUUAACCUCAACAUCAAGAGAUGUGAUGGUUAUUCAGAUGUCACGGAUGUUGGAUCCGUAAGCGAAAGUAACACAGAUUGAGAACAUCAUUAUCCUCAGCACAAUUCUCUUACUGCAGAUUGCUUGAUUUAAUAUUAUUGUUAUCUAAGCGUGUAAAGUACUACGGCUAUUACAAGAUGACGUUAGAAUUGAAACAUUUUAGCAUUACAGUGACGUGAACCAGUCGGUGGGGAUAAUGAUGACCUUAACUAGUGUUAUUUUAUAAAGAAUCACUCUGUUAUGAUGUAGUGAUAUUAGAUUGAGUUACGGAUUUACGGAUGUAUUGGUUCCUAUAAUCGAAAGGAAACGGAUGUCGAAAUGAUUAAGAUCUGUAUUGCAUUGUGAUGUAUUGAUAUCCUUAGAGAGAAAGAGUUUCAAAUUGUGUUAAAUCCGUUUACAAAAUGGCGUCUGUUAAGAGUGACGUCUGAAGAAACAAAUAAGAAAUAUAUGAUGUAAAACUAGCCAUAGCAUGUUGACAGUUAAAGAUACAAUAGAUUACAUAGCAAAUGAUUUUAAAUGAUUCAAUAGAAAAUCGCAUUAAAAUCAAUAGUUCUUGUUACAAAAAUAUUUUCAAAAUAACAUUCUUAAGGAGAAAUUCUAAAAAAGAUCAUUUAAAACUUACAAGAUAUUACAAUUGAUAGACAAUACGUACUGAACUUCAGCUUAAUCUGCACUAAAAUUAUGUAUUUGCAGAAGCACAACAAUUGAGAGCAAAAUUUGUGCAAUCAUUGCUUUUGAUUUGACAAUGAUUGCGCAAAUAUUGCUGUAGACAUUUUAGAAAUUGUGUUAACAAAAGAAAAACUAGAAAAAUUCUGUAAAUUAUAUCGAGAAAAAUUCAAUUUCUCAAAAGAAAUAUGUAAAAAGCAUUUUUUUUGUUCAAAAUUUUAAUAUUAUUAUUAUUUUCGAAUUUUAAUAAGACAAAUUUUUAUCUGGGUUCUAGAUUUAAGUAUGUAAAUGAUGCCAUAUUAUGAGUAAUUAUUAUUAUUAUGUUAUUAGUACAAAUAUGAUCUUUUGCAAGUGUAGGGCACUUCAAAAUGUAGUUCCCAACUGCCGUAGACUGAGAAAAUCUAAACCUAACAUAAGAAUCUGACAACAGAUGUUUCAAUACAGUUCUUAUAAUCAACUGCACUAGACUUGCAAAAGAAUUUAAUGAAUGACGACCUUAUUGUAGAACGAUGUUUAGGAAACACUAUAUCAUGCUGUCUUGCUCACCCUUCAGUUGCUAGACAAGGACAACAAACUAUGUUGUGGUCGGCUUCCAGUUCAACCGGGUUCAGCUAAGUACCAGUGUUUUACAAGGAGGGACUGCCUAUCU